AUGCAUACACAACCUCAGAAGUGACAUACAUUUGGACUUAUAAUGCUUCAGAUUCAGUGCAGGUGGCACCAGAUGGCUCAAGAUUGAAUCAAUAUGAUCUUUUAGGCCAAACAAUUGGAAAAGAGACAGUUAAAUCAAGUACAGGCGAAUAUACAGUAAUGACGGCUCAUUUUCACUUGAAGAGAAAAAUUGGUUAUUUUGUCAUUCAGACUUACCUCCCCUGCAUCAUGACUGUCAUUCUCUCUCAAGUGUCAUUCUGGCUGAACAGGGAAUCUGUACCUGCCAGGACAGUCUUUGGAGUAACAACUGUGUUGACAAUGACAACAUUGAGCAUCAGUGCUCGAAAUUCACUCCCCAAAGUCGCAUAUGCAACAGCUAUGGAUUGGUUUAUUGCUGUUUGUUAUGCGUUUGUAUUCUCUGCAUUAAUUGAAUUUGCUACUGUAAAUUAUUUCACAAAACGAGGAUGGGCCUGGGAUGGAAAAAGUGUAGUGAAUGAUAAGAAAAAAGAAAAAGCAUCUGUCAUUAAGAAAAACAAUGCCUAUGCAGUGGCUGUUGCCAACUAUGCUCCAAAUAUUACCAAGGACUCAGUGCUACCAACUAUCUCCAAGAGUGCUACAACUGCAGAACCCAACAAGGCAAAACCGGAAGCAAAGCCACAGGAAGCAAAGAAGACAUUCAACAGCGUUAGUAAAAUUGACAGAAUGUCUAGAAUAGUGUUUCCAGUCUUGUUUGGUACUUUUAAUUUAGUGUAUUGGGCUACGUAUUUAAACAGGGAGCCUGUCUUACUUGGCUUUGCGCCAUCAACCUAAAAGCUGAAUUGCACUGAGGACUUAAAGCAUCAUUCUAAUCAGAUAGGUUGUUUGCUAUGUACAGUACGACUAAUAACUGCUAAUCUGUGAACCAUUAUGUACAGAGUGUAUAUAGAUGUCUUAUCUGUGUAUCUCCAAAGGAGGGACACAGUGUUAAUUCAUGGGUCUGUAAACAGAUAGCACCCAUGGCAAAUACAGACAGCUCUUUAAAAGUUAUACCCAGGGGAGUUCUG